AUCUCGUUGUAUUUUGCAAUUUCGGCGUAGUAUCAUCUGUCGCAAAUUUGCCGCGAGGGUCCACGCGGCAGGAGGAACGAAAGCUAAUAAGCGCGAAGCUGAGCGACCACGUGUCCCGCCGCGCUGUGGAGUUUCGCGAAUGCGCGAAGGCGGAGCGACGUCGUCGUCGUUCGGCUCGCGCGACGCGCGCAUGCGCGAAUUAGUAGGUCGCCCGCGCUCGGGCGGCUUCGGCGGCGCUCGGCCGAUCGCUUCGAAUUCGAACGCGCCCACCGACUCCCGCCACACAUUCGGCGGCGACGGUCAGUCGGUCGAUCGUACGCGACACACGAGGGUUGUGAGGAGUCGCGAGGAGCCGCGAGGAUUCGCGAGAGGCACACGGUCGCGCACGCGUGAACGGAGAGGCAAGAAGGAAUCGUGCCCGGAGCAACUGGACGAAAACUAUUGAGAAAAAAGAUACCGGGCCGAAAGGACGAGGAGAAUCCGGUGGAUUUUCCAUCGUCGCCGUCGUCGUCGUCGUCGUCGUCGUCGUUAUCGCCGUCGUCGACGACCACGCGAAGGCGAAAUAAAUUUGAUCUCUCCUCUCGAUCGAGAGUGCUGAGAGAUCGAUUCUCGCGCUCGAGGACGACAGCUAUCAAAAGUGUGAAGUUGGACGCAAGGAGGAACAAGACAUGGUGUACGGAGGAGGAUUUGACAUGGUGGAGACGAUGCCGCAGACGGUGCCCACCGCGGCCGGCUACUCGCCGUCGUUCGACUACAGCACUUUUCAGUUCGAUUUGUCCCUCCUGCCGGACGAUUACGGUCCAACCGGCGGCGGCGGCGGCGGCGGCCAGGUCUGCCUGAAGAGCUCGCAGAUCAAGCAGGAGGCACGCUCGCCGCGCCCGGGAUCGCCUACCACGACCUACCAGAGCCCGCCGUAUCCUUCGAACGGCGAGCUGCCAUUGUCGCCCAACUACUCGCACGAGGGAUCCUCUCCGGGUUACCCGACGAGUCCCUACUACGUGCCCAGGAGCCCACAGAGCGCCCAGUUUUAUCCCACCAGCCCAGAACCGUCGGCCAAGCAGCCGAUCAAGAGAGAGAAGAGCCUCGAUCUCUUGGCCAUCCUUCAGGAAUCCAGACUCUUAGCCGAGAGUCUGGGUUACCGCGAGGACUCCACCGACUGCACGGUGCCCUGUACUCCGCCUCGGAGCGAGGAGGAUAUCUAUAACAGUCUUGACGCCGACUUUCUGCCGAAAAAGGAGGACCCUGGUGUGCAGGGACAUCCGUUGCUCAAAGAGAUUCUUUUCAAGGAGGAACCGCGAUCCGUUUCCAGCAGCAACGGUUCGUCGCCGUCCUCCUCUUCAUCCUCGCCCAGUCCCUCGAGCGAGUUCGAGAGCAGUUCGGCAUUGCACGAGCUUCUCUUCAAGGACGCCGCCCUACGCAAAGACUUGUUGGAGAUCUCCAAGACGAGCCAGCCGACCAAGGUGGAACGAGAAUCUCGGGAGGAGUUGGCAAAUCCCCUGCGAAAGGAGGAAGAGCUCUUCAAGGACGGCCAGAAGAGCGAUCAUCAGCUGUUGCGAGAAGUGCUGAGGGACACCAGCUUCCAGAGGAAGUACAAUCUGAGACCCGUCGAUCUCGGCGGCGUCGGUACCGGCUUCGUCGAGGACAUGGAGGCCGGCGAGUGCGUCGGCGACCUCGCCCGCGAGCAGCUCGAGCCGGUCCUCAGUCUGGCGAUCCAACAGUUGCAGAAAGAUUUCGACAACACCUGCGUAGCGCUUGGCAUUCACCCAGAGCCCAGACGCUGGAGCGCGGCGGACGUGGCGGCCUGGGUACAGUGGGCCAGGCGGCAACUGCAGUUGCCCUCGGUGCCGAUGGAGAGCUUCAACGUGGACGGCGCGACGCUGGCCUCCCUCACGGAGGAGGAAUUCUGCCGGAGAGCUCCUCAGUGCGGAAGCAUGUUGCACGCGCAGUUGGAGAUCUGGAAGGCCGCCGUCGAGGAAUCGCCACGGAACACCCUGGCCGCUUCCUGGAGUCCCGCCGGGGUGGUUCAGUCUCCAAACAGUGCCGUGGCUCCGACAGUCGGAAAUGCAACGGCAGUCAGCCUCAAGGAAUCUCCCUGCACUAUUGAUUUCUCAGACGACGAGGACGAGGACUGCGUUUCCGCUCAGGACGGUGGCAACGGCGGCAACAGCGGCGGCAAGAUGCGCAACGGCGGCAGCCACAUCCACCUCUGGCAGUUCCUGAAGGAGCUGCUGCAGAGCCCGGGCAUGCAUGGCUCCUGCAUACGCUGGUUGGACCGCGGCAAGGGGGUCUUUAAGAUCGAGGACUCGGUGCGCGUGGCGCGGCUCUGGGGCAAGCGGAAGAACCGGCCUGCGAUGAACUACGACAAGCUCAGCCGUAGCAUCCGGCAGUACUACAAGAAGGGAAUCAUGAAGAAGACGGAGCGCAGCCAGAGACUGGUGUACCAGUUCUGCCAUCCUUAUUGUCUAUAAGGGAGAUUUCUCCGUCUCUCCUUCCCUUCCUUCUCCUUCUUCCCAUCUACCAGCUCUCUCUCUCUCUCUCCCUUUGUGCAAGUAAGCGCGUCUGCGAUCUGGACCUCAAGCAGAGUCCAGAGCAUGAAGAUUGAAAGGUAAAAAAGAUAAAAAAAUAUAUAUAAAAAAAAAGAAAUGAUCCGCUACGCUCGAUAUUAUCCCGCGAUGAUAACUCCGAGCCACGGCCGGGUCCACUUAGUACGCCCGUUUUGGGCGAACACUUUCGCCUUACGUUUAUUCUCUUCUUUUCUUACUCUCUUUCACUUUCCCUCUCUGUCGCCUGUGCGUGUGAUAAUGCAUGGGUAUGUAUGUAUGUGCGUGAGUAUGUGGCGUGCAAAUGUGCUUCGAGUUUCUUUGUCUCUUCUUUUUUUAUACAAUAAUAUGUAAGCAUGCGAUUUUCCAUCCGCUUGCUCGUUCGAUGAAGCUCGCGUCGCGCGAGACGAAUACGCGAGCGGAUGGAAAUUCGCCGGAGAAAAGGGAAGAAAUGAACUCUUUCCUCUCUAUUCUCUGUAACACGAUCGCUUGUCGGCACCAGCUCGUCGGAUUCUCUCGUGUUGUCUAGUGACGCACGCGACACGUCGUCGAUGGGGGCAGUCAUCCGUCGUUUUUCAAAAUGACGAACGGAGUGAAGCGGGAGAUUCAGUCUAUUUUUUAUACCAAAAAAAAAAAAAGUUUUUCCAAAUGUGCAUGUGCACACGGCGACGCCGUCCUUGCCGCCUUGCGUCGCGAACGAGCGAGGGUAAGGAAGAAACGUCAAUCCCGCUGAUAAAGUAGCGUCGCGCAUAUUUGACGGAAGAUGAAAACAUCUCCGCCGGCACAUAAUCAUUAUCCCGCUCGCGACGGGAUAAGAUUGUUAAUUACAUUUUUGCGCGCCUUCGACGAUCUCUGACGCGCGCGGAGUUCGCGGAAGUAUUUUUACUACCCAGCGCGGGAAGGUGUUUAUUAAACUGUCGAGAGGAGUGCCUUAGACGCGCGGGCUACGGUGGGAAUCGCGACGCCGGCGCAGAGGGAAGAAACGCGCCGCGAGGAUUUCCGAUCGGACGACGUCGUCGCGCGAAACCUCGCGCCUUCCCCCCCCCCUCCCUUUUCACCCACCGUGAUCGAGGGCGAAUACGGAGGGAAAGGAAAACAAUUCGAUCGGCGAUCGCGUACGGCACUCGGGGCAUUCCAGAUGGCGCGACUGGUGCUGGUGAUUUUGGUCCCAUAUAUCUAUGAUAUAUUAAAUACUGUAUGUUCCAUGAACGAUUAGACUUUAAGACGAACUUAGCUUAACGUAAGCGUAUGUACACGUUUCCGGGGACUCACGUGAGUCACCCUUAGGUUACUCCAUGAGAUUUCUUCUUUUCUCUUCUCCUCCCGCAAUCUGGUUUCUCGCUUCGCGCGAUCGCGACAUUCCCAGUGAGAAAUAGUACAUCGAAUCGACAUCGAUUCGACAUCGAAAUCAUUAUUUCGAUGUCGAUUCGACGUCGAAUUGAUGUCGAAUUCAUUAUCGUUUCCCGCUGGGUUGCGACGUCGAUCUUUCACAUGCUUUUAGUUCGUAAGCGGCUCUCACGCAUCGUCCUUCCCUUUGUAUUAUUUUUUGUUUAGCAAGUACGGAUUAACAGAAACCUCAUCUGCACUUUCUCAUUUCAUCGCUACGCUAAUUAUCGGGGAGAUCGGGGUUCUUGCGUCAUUCCUUUUCUGUCACCUUCUCUUAUAUAUAAAAUACUUCCUUUGGAUAUUUUAGCAAGCUUACUUGCGAUUUUGAGUUAUAACCCGUAUGAAAUACAGUUAAUAUAGAAUUUCGCGAGUUUCGAUGUAGAUUAAGAGUAAGAUUUUCUACUAACGUUAUCCACGUUCGCUCACCGAUUGGUUGUAUAUAUAGAUAUGUACGAUAUAAUCAUUCUAUAAGUAUUUGUAUUUUAUUUAUUUAAUCAUCCGUUUAAAAGUCUGUCUGUAGUUGAGAUAUAAUGAUACGAUCUUGCCGUGCUAUGCUGAAAGCUCUUUAGCGUGGCAUUCCGUUGAUGCCGAGAUUCUGUGACUGAUAUCGGUACCGUUUCAGUCCGCUUUGUGUGUAGUUCACGGAUUUAACGUCGGAGAUUAUUCCGCGGCUGUUUCUCGGCCGUGCGAAAGUGCAAUUGACGAACAGUGCAAUUACGCCCGUGCACUUGCUAACAUUGGACUUGAAUCAUUCUGGCUCGGUUUGAUCGCGACGUCCAUUGUUCAAUCGUGAUAAAUGCAAUAGCUAAGCACGUUGUUGAGAGCUCAAAGUUUAAAAAGUUGAUUUGCAUUUGCGUUUCUCGACAUUUUAUUUAUAAUUCGCGACAACAAACUAUUUUUUAUUAUUUUGUUCAUAUGACUUUAAUGUAAGUUUAAUGCUGCUUGAUGUGAAUUUAAUUUUUGUGAUGAGAUUGUCCUUCAAUAACGAUACUCGGGUUGCUGAAGAAUUCAAGUACCUUGUUCCGAACGCCAGAACUUAAAGCCAAAGAACAGGGCAAUAUGAACGAGCAAAUACUAGAUAGAUGUGUCGAGGAAAUGAAUUUGCUAGAGUAAUUAGAUCGUAAAGCGCGCUUCCACGGCUGCUGAAUUUCUACGACACGAUACAUUAUUUUUUAUGCGGCAUGCGGAACUCUCAUCAAAUCGGAAUUAGAUCGAAACGGGGCCUCAAAACACUAUUGUUUAAUGCAAUUAAAAUUCAUCAAAAUUAAAAUUGAGAAAAAUCUUACAGAUUUACUGAGACACAACAAAUUAACCAUUUUUGCAACUUUGAUUUUCCGAUAGAAAAAAUAUUAUUAUUUUACGUUGAUGCAUUAUCAGUAGUCAUUCGGUAAGCAAAUUCUUUCUUUUACUUUAUAAAAUUAUAUAAAUAUAUGCAACAAAAGUGUUUUUUUUAUUUUCUUCGUGGAAUAAUAGAGAUUUCUGCAAUCGCUAAAAAUGUCUCUAUAUUAUUGAGGAUCAUCUGCAAUCCGUUUUGUGUCAGAGCUCACCGCAUUCUGUAAGUUUAACGGUAGUUGGUUCUUCAAUUCCGUGAUAAAGUGCAAGGGGAUCCGAAAGCAGGGGAUUAUCCUUAAUAUAGUUGCAUAAUAACAGAAAGGAAGAAUGGACAAAUUAAGAUAGGAACACGAUUAAUUUUGAAAA